UCCGGAACGUGAAGUGAAUCUCCAGAAAAAGGCGAUCGGUGUUGUGGUGAUACAUAGUGACCGCUCCGAGAGAGGUGAGCCUCCGAGGCUCCGCGGUGGUGUAGUGUUUCACUUGUUUUAGGUGCCAGUUACGCAAGGUGACACCCAAGCACACGCAUCACGCGCAUUAGAAAAAACGGCGUUUAAGUGUGCGAUACCAGCCGUCACAAAAAGGCACACGAGGUGCAGCAUAUACCGCGUCACCUUACCGUCAAGUGUUACGCACGAGCGACACGCCAUCAAAAAAACAUCCGAAGCUUCUUCCAGAGCACGCGGGGCCCACGCAACUGCGGACGGUGGCGUGUUCGUCUAAUGACGCGCCGGUCCCCGGCCCAACGAGCGGAACGCGUUCUAACUGAAAGCAUCGAACGGUCAUAAAUUAUCGCACGAAACCUCGAUCAUACAGCAACACCAAUCCUGCAACAGCGACAAAAUGGCCAACGUCCGAUGGCAGCAACAUUCUCCGGUCAGCGGUAUUGCCACGGUGCUUGCGUGUUGUGCCGUGUUUCUAGCCGUGCCCCACCCAUCAGCAGCCUCCGCGAACAGUGUCUUUAAGGCUCUGUCCAUCGGGGCCAGCACGCAAUCCGUCACUUCCAGCACACUGUCCUGGGAGAAGUUUAGUGCCGCCGAAGGCCACAUUGACUACGCCGUGCGAUCGUACGAACCGGAACCGCACUCGAAGGAGAGCCUCGAAACGGAUCAUCUGCACCCACCGAGCUACAUCUGCCGGGUGGAGAUCGAAGGCAUCCUUACGGCCGGCCAAACGGUGCUGUCGGAAGAGACCGGCGGCACGAUCUGCAUCGUGGCGGCCCAACUGUCCGAAGUGGAGCGCCACCACGCGUUCGAAGUGCUGAUCAACAAGGGCGGUGGCGGCAAGCUGCUGUGGCGGCCGUGGGAUCGCUACCAUGCCGGCAUUUUCGGAGGUGCCGUCAGUGCCGGAAUGGGCAAGUUCUCCGAUUACUACAUUGCCCGGCUGAAGCCGGCGCACCAUCAUGGCGGCGCGGCGGGACAUCACUACGUGGUUGGAAACUUUGAUCCAAGCGUCAAGCUUGUUGGCCGCAUCCACGCUCCCCUGCCCGGGUCCAAGUCGAGCACGGAACACGAACACGGUGAAAUUCUGGUCGAGAUCGAACCGGUCAAGUACGAACUGCGGGCGAUCAAGCUGAACAAGCUGCGGACGGUCAUCAAGAAGAACACCACCGUUUUGGGUUCGACGAUCCUUUCGAACAUGGACGAUAAAACGAGCCAGGCGGAAACGGUCAUUACGUACGACUUUGUGAAGGAAAUGUACUGGGGCAAGCACGAUGGCGUCGUGCAGGGUCUGUUCACGAAGGUGUACGAUUCGCGGACACCGCAGGCGACGAACGUAACGUGGGGCAUCAAGAACUCGGAGCGACGGUUCGAGACGAAAGCGGUCAAUACGAUGCUGGACCCGGGUACGGCCAUCAAUGUGACACUGUUCGGGAACUACACCGAAAUGGAGGCACCGUACUCGGCCACGCUAAAGGCGUACUACGACGACAACAGUGAUCCCGUCAGCAGACGGCUGAGCGCAACCAUGGUCAGCCGUGACAUGGAGGACGUGAAGAUCGAGUUCAGCCCGGUCUAUUGGAUCCAAAACGGAACGCUAGUCCCGACGACAACUACCACAACCACGACUACAACCACCACCACAACAACGACGACGACUACGACAACGUCAACCACCGAGCCGACGACCAGCUUGCGUCCGGUACCGAUCAACAGUACUCCAACGGAGGGCGCCAAUGGUGGUGUGAUCGAUGACGAUGGCAUGAGCAACGAGAUCGGCCCACUGAGCAAUGAGCUAAACAAUCGGAGCAACGAAAAGCUCGAAGGCGCCACCGGUGGCUCCCAUCGCAGCCGUAGCUCCACCACCGGAAAUGCGGCCACCAGUCUACGGCCCGUAGCGAGCAUACUCCGUUCGUUGUUCCACCUGCUUCCGGUCAUCGGUUUGCUGCACCUUAUGGCUUAAGGCGGAUGUGACGGAUUUGGCGUAGCGUGUUGCACUUUGUUCACCAGCCCCCUCAUGUUUAUUUUUUGUGAUCUCUCUCAUCUGUUGAGAUCUAUUUUUGACGAGCUUUUUUUCCUUUCCGGCGAAAGAGCAAAACUUUGUUUUUAGUCCUUUAAGCGUCGCAGCCAGUCAGAACUAUGGAUUGAGGAUUUAUGUAUUAAGAGCUUCAGGACCGGUUAUAGGCAGGGCAGGGGUCCGUAGGCCGCCAUUGCUAUUAUGGUGUGCUGGCGCAGCUGUUGUGCACCUAUGAUCCCGAUGCACAUGAUUCCGUACCAAAACCGCCGGUAAUGAAAACCGGUGUCCGAUCGGAUGUUUUGGGGUUUCGUUCGUUUAGAUGUAUGGAUUAAGCUUAGCAUUAGUACGAAAAGAAAGCGACGGAACUGGCGGAGCUAAAACAUUUAAGUAAAAGAACAACGUAACGGUUAAUUGAAUUACUUCUCUUUGUAUAUAGUGCAACAAAAACAAUGUAUGCCCCCACGAUCAUACUGAUCUUCGAGGGGGCAAGCUUUCAAGAGUCCCACCACAUCACCGCAUGCGCCGUGAACUUUAUUUGCUUUCUCAAACCUCAGGCUCCCGGCAGGCAGGCAGGCGUUCGAGUGAUACUCGAACUCGGCCGGUGGUCGGAUUGUUUUCGGUGGAAACAUUCAAGCUUAGGGCAUGGCAGAGAAUCGGUGAAACACAUUCCACGGUGUUGCCGUAGGGCAGUGUUAGGCGAAGUGAAACGCGUGGAAGACGCGUGGAAGUCGCGUGACGCCUUUUGUGGCGUAAAAAAAGAGUGGCGACACAAUUCUAAAUUUUACAACCGACACGAUACUGCACACGUAUCAUAGAAAUACGAAAUGGUUUUUUUUUUUUCAAUCCCCAAAAUAAAACCAAAACCCACUUUUUAUUCACUACACACCUUUCGGCGUGCGAAACACUAUUCAAAGCUAAGCUAAGCACCGACAAAAUGAAUUAAGUUCUCUUCUUUGAACUCACGCUUAUUGAUUAUUUAUUGUGACUAGAUAUGUAUUAAGAGUUUUAGUUCGUUCAAAUCUCUCCCUUUUUAUC